AUGUUUAUGGUAAGUGAAGAGGAAGUGAAGCUUUCAGACGAGCUUGAAGCGGUCGAAGGACCCGAGAUUGUCGUUUCAGCUGAAGUGACUGCUGGUUCAGUGGUGCUCGUUGACGUAGCUGUAAUUAACUGUGAGGAAGAAGCACUUGCAUCUGUUGAAGAGGGUGCUGAGGACAGAGCCGUCUGCGUAGUGGAGGAAUCUGAGAAGGUAGGGGUCAAGGAGUUGCCCGACAAUGACUCCGAAGCCGACGGAGAUGCGACAUUGGUGGAAGUCGGUGUAGAGAUAGUUGAAACAGAAAUGAGAGAUGCAUCCAAUGGUGGCAGCAAGCUUGUAGAGCCUGACAAAGAGGUCAAAGUCGAUGAGCUGCUGGAUUCCGCUGAAGAUAGCGAUUCUGAAGAUGAGAAAAUCUCUAAUGCGGUUGAAGUCGGGCUGGAGAUGAUGGAGACUGAGGUAGUUGAGCCAGAUAUGGACGAUGAUUCAAGCGAUGGCAGCAAACUUGAAGAGUCCGAUGAGAUCAGUGACAAUGGCAGUACCAGAGAGCUUGAUGGCGUCGGGUUUGCUGACAGGUCUGAUGACGAAGAGAAAACCGAAUUUUCCGAGGAAACGGUUGAAUCUAACGAGCUUGAUAUGACAGCAGAAAUCGACAAAAUUGUAGACGUAGACGUUAUGGAACUAUCUGAGGAACCUAUUGAUUUAGACGGCUCCCCAGGGCUUGAAGUCGAGCCGCCGGAAGACGUAGGAGUUCCAGACGAUGCCUCGGAUUCUAUAGUGCUUGAAGAGCUCGAAAGGACUAAACCCAGCAGUGGAGGUUGGCUUGAACUGGUUGACAAUGGCGAGACUGACGGUUCUAUAGAGCUAGAAGUAGAGGCCUGGAUUGACAGAGCAUUUAGCGAGGUAGAGAGUGUCAAUGCGUCAGAGAAGCUCGACGAGCUCGAUGAUGUCAAUGAACCCAAAGAGCUGAGGGUUUCUGUCGAGGAUGAAACACCCAAUGAACUAGAUAAGCUUGACUCUGCCGAAGGUGUCAAAGAAGUUGAUAGAACUGGUGAGCUGGUAUCCAAAGAGAGACUCGAAGAUGUAGGAGAGAUUGAGGAGCUUGAGGAUUCCUCGACACUUGCGAAAGACUGCUGUGCUACAAUGAUUGUACCAGGCAGACUGCCUGAUGGGAAGAUAGUUGAGAUAGGUCGCGGCGUCGUGAGGAAUUCGGUUCCGGAAUAUGGUACCGUAGACGUGACAAAAAGGUCAGGCCGUGCCAAAAUAAUCGUGCCAGGAGCUGUCCCGCUGGGCUGUAUUGUAGUUAUGGGAAUAGUCCCAGUGAUGGUGCUGGGUCCCGAGUAA